UCUGGAGGUCUUCAACUGAAUGCCCCGGUCAUAUCAUUUACAUUUCAUCCCAGCCUGAAGCGGCAACUUGUUAGCCCAGUGGAAAUUACAUUUCAGUUGUUUAACCAUUCGUUGGAUAAUGCGAGAUGUUCUUUUUGGAAGGACUCGAAGAGCGAAAUGUCACGAGGUUACUGGUCUGACGAGGGAUGUAGACAGAAAAUAGUUAAAAAGGAUAAAGAUGCUGUUGUGUGCGUUUGCAAUCAUCUUACUAAUUUUGCUUUACUUAUGAGUCCAUCUUCUACAUCACGUUCAUCAUCUACAAAGAUUGACGAAGAUAAUAACAAGGCACUAUCAGUCAUUUCCAUGAUAGGAUGUAUCGUUUCAAUAAUAUGUCUAGUUCUCGGUGUAGCUAUACAUGCAUUUUUCUGGAGGUUCAUUAAAUCUGUGCGAUCAAUCAUUCACAUGAAUUUAUCCUGUUGGUUAAUUGUUGCCUACAUCCUGUUUCUUGCCGGGAUAAACAGAACAGAAAACAAGGACGUUUGCACAGCAAUGGCAGUACUUCUUCACCUGGUGUUUCUUAUAGUUUUCUUCGGAAUGCUGACAGAGGGAUGUAACCUUUCGUAUGCGGUUCUCAAACCACUGGGUACUAGAAAACCCGGGAUACCACUUAUGAUAUCGUCUUAUGUCAUCGCUGUAAUAAUAGUCGUGGUAUCUAUGGCUGUAUCACAACUGCAUGGAUAUGGAACCGAACAGACAUGCUGGUUAUCGACUGAUACUGGAUUGAUAUGGGCUUUUCUUGCUCCUGUUCUUGUUGUUAUACUGGUUAAUUUUAUAAUUGUUGUCCUAGUGAUUCGGACAAUGUGCGGCACUACAGCAAUGUCGAAGAAAUCAAACAAAGGACGGGCAAAAGCAGCAUUACGUUGCAUAUUGGUGCUCAUGCCGGUGAUGGGUCUGACCUGGGGGUUUGGAGCAUUGUCUUUGAAUAGUUACACGUCAAUUGUUUUCCAGUUCAUAUUUGCUAUUCUUAACAGUUUCCAGGGACUGCUAAUAUUCAUAUUUCACUGCUUGAUGGACAAAAAGAUAAAAGAUGCAUUUUCAAAACAAAGACACAAGUGGCUCCAGUCGUCGCAGGGUUUCGGAGUACCUGAAGGAAAGAAAAAUAAAACACAGGACACAUCUGAAUUUUGAAGAAAAGAAGAAUGAGUUUAUCGGAUGAGGACUACAAAAACUGAUCUGUCUUUUUAAACUAGAGUGUUUCUAUUAUAUCAUUUUGUCAAAUAUCUGUUCAUGCAGAGCUUUCCAUGGAUACAUCGAUAGAGUUCUUCAAAUAAAUGUUUGUCUGCCAUACGCAUAUUUACAAAAUUCAAUGGAUCCAUCAAUGUUUAAUUUGUUGGAUGUCUACAUAUUCGCAAUUAUCCUUCGAAUCAAAUAUUGAAUGUUUCAUAUGCCAGUAUGCCAAUUGUCUGUAUAUGUCCAUGGAUCCAUCUUGUUUUCAAUGGAUCAGUUGAUAAAGUAUUGUAAUCAUCGAUUUCCCAGACAUCUUAGUUUUUGUUUGUUUGUUUUGGGUUUUACGUCACAUCGACACAGUAUAGGUCAUAUCGCGACGUUCAAGCUUAACUGGUGGAGGAAGACCUCAGGUGCCCUUCCGUGCAUUUUUUCAGGCACGAACGGGUACCUGCGUAGAACCACCGACUUCCGUAAGCUAGCUGGAUAGCCUCCUCACAUGAAAGAAUCCAAAGUCCCUGACGGGAUUCGAACCCACAGCGGUGAGGGGCAAGUGGUUUGAAGUCAACGACCUUAAACACUCGGUCACGGACGCCCCCAGACAUCUACUAAUUUUCAGCUUUCCAUAUGUAUGUCGAUCAAUGAAAUAUUCCAAAUAUAUAUAUCUGUCAGACGACUGCAAAUUCUCAACUCUUUACAACAUCUUGUGCACGUGAUAUUGCAUUAACCUAGUAUUUUCAUUUCCAAAUAUGUGUGAUUGUUUCUUUUGUUUUUAUAUAAUAUGGAUAAAUACAAAUGCGUUCUUGCAAAGAAUAAAUAAAAGGCCAUUCCCACUGUAGUUCAUGUCGAAUUGUUAUUCUGAUAUUAUGAAAUGUUUAUAUAAUUAUAUUAAAUGUUGUUCAUAUUUUAAUUGAUAGUGAAUCACGGUCAC